AUUUGGGGAUAGGGAGAUGCUGGCAUAGGCCUUAGGAGGAGUAAGGGAGUUUGCUUGUUAGGCAGUAAAAAAGCGUGAUACGUCCGAGCGUUUCCUUCUUCCCCUCCCCUUUCCUUUCUCUGUCGUCGAUCUUUAUAUUUCCAUACGGGUAUUUUACAUAUUCCGAUACGCAAAUCCCAAAUAAUACCUUUCUUUCUUUCUACGACUGCUAAGGGAAAGCCAAUAUUUUAUUGCUUCAAACUCUCUUAUUUUGUUGGGAAACUCCUCCUUCUCAUUUGGUUAAUUUUAUUUUAUGAUACACAUACAUACAUUAUACAUCAUUACAUCAUAGAUAUAUAUAUAUAUAUAUAUAUAUAUAUAUAUAUAUAUAUGGUUGCGUCGUUUAAAUCUCUCUUCUGUUCGGGAUCGGAUCUGAUCUGAUCUGAUCUGUGGACUACCGGAUCUGACGCUUGCUCUGUAUCCCCCGCUGCUGCUGCUGGGAUUAUAAUUAGAGCGACUUUAUCAAUAGAAAAAUUUGAACAAACUCCAUAGGUGAAGAAGAAGAAGGAAUGGAACAGAGCGAGAAGAAGUCCGGGGCGGCAGUGUCCGAUGUGGGAGCUUGGGCCAUGAACGUCAUCAGCUCCGUCGGAAUUAUCAUGGCAAACAAACAGCUCAUGUCCUCAACCGGUUAUGCUUUCAGUUUUGCCACUACUUUAACUGGAUUCCACUUCGCUGUAACUGCACUGGUUGGAUUGGUGUCCAAUGCUACUGGUUAUUCUGCAUCCAAGCAUGUUCCACUUUGGGAGCUUCUAUGGUUCUCCGUUGUUGCCAAUAUGUCUAUCACUGGGAUGAACUUAAGCCUCAUGCUUAACUCCGUUGGCUUCUACCAAAUUUCAAAGUUGAGCAUGAUUCCUGUGGUCUGUGUGAUGGAAUGGAUACUUCACAGUAAGCAUUACUCAAGGGAAGUAAAAAUUGCUGUUGUCGUUGUGGUUAUAGGUGUUGGUGUUUGUACCGUAACUGAUGUCAAAGUAAAUCUCAAAGGUUUUAUAUGUGCCUGUUUAGCGGUUUUGUCAACAUCCUUGCAGCAAAUUACCAUAGGUUCACUGCAGAAGAAGUAUUCAAUUGGAUCAUUUGAAUUAUUGAGCAAGACUGCUCCAAUUCAAGCGCUCUCUCUUCUUAUUUUUGGUCCAUUCAUCGAUUACUACCUUAAUGGCAAAUUUAUAACAAACUACAAGAUGUCUUCUGGCGCCAUUUUUUUCAUACUUCUUUCAUGCUCACUGGCUGUGUUCUGCAAUGUGAGUCAGUAUCUCUGCAUUGGACGUUUCUCAGCUGUUUCCUUCCAGGUUUUAGGUCACAUGAAAACUGUAUGUGUCCUUACAUUGGGGUGGCUGCUCUUUGAUUCAGAGCUGACUUUCAAGAACAUUAUGGGGAUGGUCAUUGCAGUUGUUGGCAUGGUAAUUUAUAGUUGGGCUGUUGAGGUUGAAAAGCAAUCAAAUAACAAGACCUUACCCCAUAUGAAAAACAGCCUAACGGAAGAGGAAAUUAGACUUUUGAAGGAGGGGUUGGAUAAUACAACUGUUAAGGAUGUUGAACUUGGUGAGUCUAAAGGAUAGAAUUAACUUACAUUCGGCCAGCAAAGAAGGGGAAUAGGACUUUUUGGAAAGUGAAUACGAUUUUUUUUUUUUUUUCCGUCUUCUUUACUUCCAUCUUUGUAUUUACUAUUUAUGCUUCAUUCAUGUGGCAGCGAGACACGGUGUCCAUCUGCCUAUCCUUGCACAAGUCCAUGUUAGAAUUAUGUUCUGGUUCUCUGAAAGUGUGUCAUUUAUUUCGUAUAAUUUUUUUAAUUUUUCUAA